AUCUGUCAUCAGAACCAACAUCACUGCUGCCUCUGACAGUUUCUGAACUUUACUCAUUCCAUGGAUCCAUUCACUGGAUCCAGUCUACAAAGAGUUAACAAGACUGAAUUACACCUGGAGAAAAGGGGGCGGAGUCUGGACUCUCACCUGGAGACAAGGGGGCGGAGUCUGGACUCUCACCUGUGAACCUUUUUGAGACUCAGAUUUGGUUUUUCAGGCCGUGGAAUCGAGUCAUCAGGAGAGCUGUGGAGCGAUCCAACAAACUAUGAAGGUAGAAGGUGUGUGUGAGCUGAUGUGAAUCCAGCAGCAUGGAUCAGUGUGAGGACAGAGAGGAGGGAGUCCUUCCCUCCAAAACCUCCCCGAGGGGAAAACCUGAGAGUCGGAGAGAAGAAGAGAGGAGACCUGGACCUGGACCUGGACCUGGACCUGGACCUGGACCUGGACCUGGACCUGGAUCUGAACCUGCACCUGGACCUGAACCUGGACCUGGACCUGGACCUGGAUCUGGAUCCAGCUGUGUGUCCUUGAAGAGUGAAAAAUCAUUGGAUAUCUUUUCUAAUUUUAAAGAUACCCAAAGUUGUCCCUCAGUGAGGAGACAACAUGGACCUGGACCUGGACCUGGUCCUGGUCCUGGACCUGGACCUGGACCUGGACCUGGACCUGGACCUGGACCUGGACCUGGACCCAGUGCAUCUUCAAAGAGUGACCAAUCAGAGGGUUGUUCCAUUCCUUCUAAAAGAUGCAGACGUUCUGCUUCAGAGAGAGUGGACCAGAAGAUCUCAGAGUCCCCCAGUGGUCCGUCUGUCCAGCAGCAUCAGACCCAGCUGGACUCCAUCUUUCAGCUGCUGGAGGACGACAUCGUCAUGUUUGUGAAGGACGAGCUGAAGAAGAUCCAGAAGGUUCUGAGUCCAGAUUGCCAAGAAUCCUCAGAGAGUCUGGAGGAGGAUAGAGAUGAAGAGCAGAAGAGCAUCAGAGAGACAUUCAUGCAGAUCACAGUGAAGUUCUUGAGGAGGAGGAAGCAGGAGAAGCUGGCUGACCUCCUGCAGAGCAAUACCGUCGCUGCCGUUUGUCAAUCCAAACUCAGACGUCAGCUGCAGAAGAAGCACCAGCAUGUGUCUGAGGGGAUCACUAAAGCAGGAAAGACAACCCUUCUGGAGCACAUCUACACGGAGCUCUACAUCACAGAGGGAGGGACUGGAGAGGUCAACGAUGAACAUGAAGUCAGACAGAUUGAAGCAGCUUCCAAGAAACCAGACGGAGCAGAAACAGCCAUCAGACAGGAAGACAUCUUUAAACCCCCACCUGGAAGAGGAGGACCAAUCAGAAAGGUGAUGACGAAGGGAGUGGCCGGCAUCGGGAAAACAGUGUUAACACAGAAGUUCAGUCUGGACUGGGCUGAAGGCAGAACCAACCAGGACAUCCAGUUCCUGCUUCCAUUCACCUUCAGAGAGCUGAAUGUGCUGAGAGAGAAGAAGUUCAGCUUGGUGGAACUAGUUCAUCGAUUCUUCUCUGAAACCAAAGGAAUCUGCAGCUUUGACGAGUUCCAGGUCGCGUUCAUCUUUGACGGUCUGGAUGAGUGUCGACUUCCUCUGGACUUCCACAACUCUACAAUCGUCAGUGACCCCAGAAGGUCCACCUCAGUGGAUGUGCUGCUGACAAACCUCAUCAGGGGGAACCUGCUUCCUUCUGCUCGUCUCUGGAUCACCACACGACCUGCAACAGCCAAUCAGAUCCCUCCUUACUGUGUUGACAUGGUGACAGAAGUCAGAGGGUUCACUGACCCACAGAAGGAGGAAUACUUCAGGAAGAGGUUCAGAGAUAAGAAAAAGACCAGCAGGAUCAUCUCCCACAUCAAGAAAUCACGGACCCUCCACAUCAUGUGCCACAUCCCAGUCUUCUGCUGGAUCACUGCUACGGUCCUGGAGAAUGUCCUGGAGAACGUCCUGGAAACCAUAGAGGGAGGGAGGCUGCCCAAGACCCUGACUGAGAUGUACAUCCACUUCCUUGUGUUCCAGGCCAAACUGAAGAAGGUCAAGUAUGACGGAGGAGCUGAGACGGAUCCACACUGGAGUCCAGAGAGCAGGAAGAUGAUGGAGUCUCUGGGAAAACUGGCUUUUGAGCAGCUGCAGAAAGGAAACCUGAUCUUCUAUGAACCAGACCUGAGAAAGUGUGGCAUCAAUAUCAGAGAGGCUCCAGUGUUCUCAGGAGUGUUCACCCAGAUCGCUAGAGAGGAGGGCAGCCUGUACCAGAACCAGGUCUUCUGCUUCAUCCAUCUGAGUGUCCAGGAGUUUCUGGCUGCUCUUCAUGUCCAUCAGACCUUCAUCAACUCUGGAGUCAACCUGCUCGAAGAUCAGACAACCUCUCUCACAUCUGAAACACGAGAAGAAGUUCAGGAGGAGGAUGAAGAUGAAGAUGAUGAAGAUGAAAUUGAGGAUGAGGAUGAGGAUGAGGAUGAUGGUGAUGAUGAAGAUGAAGAGACUCGCCAUGGUCACCGUUCUUCAACCGGUUUCUAUCAGACAGCUGUGGACAAGACCUUACAGAGUCCAAACGGACACCUGGACUUGUUCCUGCGUUUCCUCCUGGGUCUUUCAGUGGAGACUAAUCAGACUCUCCUACGAGGUCUGACGACAUCAAACCAAAGAAGUUCACAGAACAAUCAGAAAACCAUCAAAUACAUCAAGAAGAAAAUCAGUGGGGACAUGUCUGCAGAGAGAAGCAUCAACCUGUUCCACUGUCUGAAUGAACUGAACGAUCGGUCUCUGGUGGAGGAGGUCCAACUGUACCUGAGGUCUGGACGUCUCUCCACAGAUAAACUGUCUCCUGCUCAGUGGUCGGCUCUGGCCUUCAUCUUACUGUCAUCAGGAGAUCUGGAGGUGUUUGACCUGAAGAAGUUCUCAGCUUCAGAGAAGGCUCUACGGAGGCUGCUGCCGGUGGUCCAAGCCUCCAAGAAAGUUCUACUGAGUGGCUGUAACCUCUCAGAGGACAUCUGUGAACUUCUGUCCUCAGUUCUCAGCUCUCAGUCCUCCAGUCUGUCAGAACUGGACCUGAGUAACAACGACCUGCAGGAUUCUGGACUGGAGCAGCUGUGUCCUGGACUGGAGAGUCCACACUGUAAACUGGAGUCUCUCAGACUGAGUCGCUGUAACCUCUCAGAGGACAUCUGUCCACUUCUGUCCUCAGUUGUCAGUUCUCAGUCCUCCAGUCUGACAGAACUGGACCUGAGCAACAAUGACCUGCAGAAUUCUGGACUGGAGCAGCUGUGUCCUGGACUGGAGAGUCCACACUGUAAACUGGAGUCUCUCAGACUGAGUGGCUGUAAUCUCUCAGAGGACACCUGUCCAGUUCUGUCCUCAGUUCUCAGCUCUCAGUCCUCCAGUCUGAAAGAACUGGACCUGAGCAACAACGACCUGCAGGAUUCUGGACUGAAGAAGCUGUGUCCUGGACUGGAGAGUCCACACUGUAAACUGGAGUCUCUCAGGCUGUCAGGCUGUCUGAUCUCAGAGGAAGGGAGUGCUUCUCUGGUCUCAGCUCUGACAUCCAACCCCUCCCACCUGAGAGAGCUGGACCUGAGCUACAACCAUCCAGGGGAGUCCGCAGGGCAGCUACUGUCUGCUGGACUGGAGGAUCCAACCGGGAGACUGGACACUCUCAGGGUGGAGCCUGCUGGACAACGAUGGUUGACACCAGGUCUGAGGAAGUAUUCCUGUCAACUCACCAUCGACACAAACACAGUCAACAAACGCAUCAAACUGUCUGAUGACAACAGGAAGAUGACACGUGUGGGGGUGGAUAGGUCAUAUCCUGAUCAUCCAGACAGGUUUGAUAUUCCUCCUCAGUUGCUGUGUAGAGAAGUUCUGACGGGUCGCUGUUACUGGGAGGUCCAGUGGAGCGGACCUGUUUCUGUAUCAGUGAGUUACAGAAGAAUCAGGAGAAGAGGAAACUCUGAUGACUAUAGGUUUGGAGGAAACGAUCAUUCCUGGAAUCUGAACUGUUAUCCAGGUGGUCAGUACCGUGUCUGGCACAAUAACAGAUGCACAUCCAUCAACUCCUCAUCUUCAUCUCCAGUCUCUGAUAGAUUAGCAGUGUACAUGGACGUUCCUGCUGGAACUCUGUCCUUUUAUGAAGUCGUCUCUGACAGACUGGUCCACCUCCACACCUUCAACACCGCCUUCACUGAACCUCUCUGUCCUGGAUUUGGACUCUCCUCCUGGUUAGGGUCCUUGUCUGGUGGCUCAGUGUCUCUGUGUCCAGUUUAGUCUCAAGAGUCCUGUCAGAGAAACUGUCUCUGUUGGAUCCUGGACUUGGACUCUGGCUCUGGUUCCUCAGUGUUUCGAUGAUGAUGAUGAUGAUGAUGAUGAUGAUGAUGAUGAUGAAGAAGUUGAUCACCAUUUUUCUUUAGUUUUUUGGUUUGUUGUGUUUUUAUUGGAUCUUUGUCACAUUUAAACAUUAAAUCAUUUACUGUAUUGUUGAUGAUUGAUCAUAAUUAGAUUUGUAUCUCAUUAUUCUUGUUUUAUUCUUGAUUCUGUCUCUAAAUGUUUUUAUGUUUGACUUCACGUUUAGAUUCUUAGAAUAGUGUCACGGACCACUGGGUUUACGCAAAUCACUGACAUUUUCUAUUGGGUAUGCAGCGUUUACCUGCGUAUCACGUAGACUACGCCACUGGUAUAAAAUCCAGGCAGGCACAGUUUUGUUUUUAUUUAAAUCUCAUUAUACGCCCCCUUCGAGUGGUACCAAUCAAUCACAUUAAUUUUGUGACACAGACGGCGUCGGCGCUCGUCCUCUCCCGCCCUCAGUCCCCCCUUCAAUCCCUUUCACGGAUCCACGGAUGAGGGCACAAAAUGUCGGCAAAAUCGUCAGUGCUUAGAUUUGGUUUUACUGACAACACCGUGUUCUUUUGCCACAUAAAUGAAAAGAAGAAGCACGGCGGGGCUGCACAGUCCGUCUAUAAUCAGUUUUUUUUAAAGAAAGGUUUAUUUACUGCAACUUUAAAAACAUGAGGUACGUAUCCUAAGUUUAGGGAUAAGUUGAUCGUGUCCAGUAUUGUCGUACCAAUAGGAGAAAAAAAUAUGUGUAUAUUUCUGUGCAAAACAUGUCUAAAUAAUUGUAAAUGACCUUUUAUGUUGCAAGUACUUGGCAAAUAUCAGAAUGUAACAUGUAUACUACUGGGUAUUGGUCUGCUGUCAAAGGUCUGAAUAAAAAAAUC